GCGCGUUCUACUAUUGCUACUUCGUGUUGUAAACAAUAUGUAGAAAGAUACAUAAGCGACAGAGAGAAAUCUUCCUUCGCACACAAGUCGAAGUCGUCGAAGUUUUUCGAGAUAAUCGCUGCAACUGGAAGGAAAGGAGUGACGGCGGUGGAAUUAGGAGAACGCUCGAUGGAUUCGCCCGGAAUCUCGCGAACGAGAAUCCGCGUAUCUCACUUGCGCGAGCUCUCGCAAAGUUAGAGCGGUAGAGGGGUGGCUUUGGGGAGAGGGAGAAAAAGCGCGCCGGGGGUCACCGACGGUAACUGGGACACCGCGGGCCGACGCGAUUCUAGUUUCGGGGACAGCGCGUCCCUUAACCUUCUUGGUGCUGAACACGCGUCAAAACUAACAGUCGGAAAGUCCUGUAAAGUACGAAAAGACGGAAAGUUGAAAAAAAAAAAAAAAAAAACCAAUUGUCCGUUUCGGGACUUUUUCGUCGUCGACGUUGUAAUCGUCGUUACCUACGCCUCUUCACACCGAUUUACGUACGACGUUAAUAAAUGUUGGUGAUAUCUCGCAAUUCUAUGGAGCCUUUCUAUCCUUAUCGUUAAUCUCGAAGCAGCGAAAAGAUUAAGCGUAUUUAAGAUUAAACGCACGUUCAGCACGCCGUCCGACACGCCGGAAUAAUUUGGGGCGACUGACUUAGUACAGUAAAACAUUAAUGCGUUCGAUAAGAAAAAAGUGCGUAUACACGCAUGUACAUACGGGUACACACAGACACGCACACAACGCGGAACACCGCACGGAUCUAUAUUAGAUAUAUAUGUAUAUGUAUAUAUACAUGUUAAAAGUUUAUUUAAAUACAGCGUAGAUAAAUAUAUAAAUAUUAUACGUGUGUUAAACCUUUUCAUAGAGAUCUAAAUAACGACGUUGACAAAUUGCAUAGUAUAUCACGUUACGCGAUUCUCGAUAAUCAAAUAUCGAUAAUUCGACCGCACGGAAAAUAUACGCGAUAUUGAAAAGAUAACGCUUGCGAGAAGGGAGAAUUAAAAUUCGAAUAAUCGAAAAGCGCGGGAGGAAACGCAAAGCGAAAAAAAACGUUACUCACUCUUAACAAAAAAAAAAAAAAAAAACUAACGCACUCGGCGAGAGUGCGGAUGGAGUGAGAGAGAGAGCAAAUACUUCAAUACUCGUACCGUGAGACUCGAGCGGUCGUUUGUGUUAACGGGUCCGAAUACUUGAAACAAUCUUUAUCGAUCAGCUGAUCGAAGAAAACUGCCACGAAACAUUUGCCAAUUACAUUAACGGAAAAAAAGUAGAGGGGAACUCUCUCGCGAGACUCUCUCUAUUCCUCGUCAAUGCGCGCAAGUAUUCGCGCGAGUCCACGGUGCUCAAUUAGACGUAUAAGUACAAAGACACGCGGGCGUGCAAAUUAUUUUUCUCGACCGAGGUGUGCAUCUCUAUACUCAUUAGUAAAUAAGCGCGUCGAGUCUGUCCAAAAAUCCCCUGGGUGAGAAAAUCAAUUCGAACGAUCCUCGAUCUACCUCAACGACUGUCGGACUCAGCUCCCUCACUUCCCUCGAACGUUUCCGUUUCGGCAAGAAAUCAUUGAGGAACAAUCACCUUCGCGUGAAUCUCGUCCAACUGAAAGUCCUAGAACUUAAAAUCUUCCACUCGACACUCGAAUGUUAUAAUUUCGCGUUUACGAAGCAAAAUAUCCUUAUAUGAUUCAUCGUCUAAAUUAUUCAAGUUAAGCUACUCAUCUCUCGAUCGAGAGAUUUUUCGGCAAACGCUCGGCAUCAUUGUUCGCUACUAAUUUGAAUGUUUCGGGAAAACUGUAAAAAUAUAAGAAAAACUGGAUAAAUUUGUAAAGAUGAUCGAUGUAUGCAGGACCCGCGGGCCCUUUUCGAAUUGCGCGAAAUCUCGAUCGUUCACUCACUUUCCCCGAGCUCGUCGGGCGAUAGAUAUGACUCAGUAAUCGCGUUACAUACACCGAGUACCUAUCUUCGAGAUCGAUUAAAUGUGGACAAUUAGAUUCUUAAGUCGGCACACGUUACAUCGUACGUGGUCACGCGUUGUGCAAUUAACAAAUCAAGGAAGUGAUAUGCUUUAUCUCACGCGGGUGCGCGAACGUGAUAAUGCUAGCGGCGAGAGAUGAGAUUAGAGCACCAAGAAGAGAAAGAGAGAAGAAACAGCCAUAUCGCGGGACAGAUAGAACAAGUCGCGCCAAGAAAGACGCACAGCCAUGUCAUGGGAGUCUAUCUCGUCCAGGGAUUACCUUGGCGGAUCGGCGAGUCACCAGCUCUCGGCAACCGCGCUGCUGGGUAGCCCUGAUGGAUCGAGACAUCCACUCGAUGUCUGCGAGUUCACUGAAGAGGAUUACCGGCAUCAAAACGGCAAUGGUAAUAAUGGCCAUUAUCAAAAUGGCAGGUCGGGUACUGGUAUAUGGGAAUGUCUCAUAAGCUGCAGAAAACGACUUGAUCAACAAUUAGCACGAAGGAGAGUAAAUAUUCUUUUCAACAUUAACGCCGCAAUUCUUCAUCCGGAUGAUUUUUCUCUUUUUAGAGACAGCAUUGAAUUCGGUAACAAGCAAUUAUGCAUUUCGGAGGAAUUGGAUUCGCCGAACAUGCGAGCAGAAGCGUAUUUGAAUUUGGCAAGGGCUCACGAGAGAUUAGGCGCGCUGGAUAGAGCGUUAGAUUACGCUCGGCACAGCUUGUAUAACGAGUGCGAUCAGUGCGCGACUGCUGGAUUAGUUCACUUAACCGUAGGCAGAGUUCAUUUAGAACUAGCAGGGUUCUGUAAAGCCUUGGAAGCGUUUCAAAGAGCCCACAAAAUCGCCCACUCCAUUCAAGAUCCCUCCUUAGAACUGCAGGUGUACGUCGGUUUGUCGGAACUCUUCUGCAGGUUACAGGAUGCAGACAAGAGUGCGAGAUACGCGGCGAGAGCUUACGAUCUCUCCAGAAGUUUACAACUAGGAGAUCUGAAUUCUCGUCAUCACAGGGCGGCGUUAUUACAAAUGGCCGCGGCGCUCAGGAAAAAAGGCGAGCUAGGCGACGCUCAUGAUUACUGCUCGGAGGCAACGCGUCUGUCACUGGUUUCUGGCGACCAAGCGAGUUAUGCUCGAAGUAUCCGCAUUAUGGGAGACAUUUACAGAAAGAAAUCGGAUAUAAAUAAAGCAUUUCGACAAUACGAAAGCGCAAUGGGCUCAGCGGCCGCGACCGGCGAUCGGCUAUGCCAGAUGGAAGCGAUGGACGGCGCGGCGAGAUGCUUAGAAGCUCUCAGGCUUCAGCACAAGAUAUGCAACUGCAGACCCCUCGAGUUCAAUACUAGGCUCCUGGAAGUGGCGGGAUCGGUUGGCGCCAAGCUUUUGGUGCGGACAGUCAGAUCCAGAUUGUCGAGAAUUUACGGCUCUUUGGGAGACGAAGAACAAAAAGGACAUUACGAGAGAUUAGCAAUUGCGAUGGAAGAAGAUUUGGAGUUACGAUGCGGAAGUUGUAACGAACCUUUCGGUUUGGAAGCUGAUUCUCUGGAAGCAUUACCUUGUUCUCACAUAUUACACGCUCGAUGCGCAUAUGACAUCUUAAAGAGACGCGACAAAAAGAAGAAACGUUUGUGUCCUGACUGUCACAAGUCUGUCAGUUCACGGCUGUACCUGCAUUGCGAAGAUCCUCACGGCAUGAAUACUUUAAAUCAUAGUUCCUUGAGCCUGGCGUCACUGAGAGCCAGCAGCCUAGCCACACUUGAGGACUGUCAUGCGACGAGUAGCGUUUAAAAAAACACGACGGAUUUCAUUUAUUUUAACGCGUUGGAUUAAUUCGCAUGCGAUUAUAGAUAAUUUUAAGAAACCAUAAUGUGGAAGAUAAGAAUGCCAACGGAAAGUAGUACGAUAUAAAAAGAUUUAAUGGCAAUAAAAAAUGCACGCCUCAAUUCA